AUGGAAACUAUUCUAGAAAAACUCGGAUUGGGCUCUUUAACAAGAAAGAUUCAAGAAGAAAAGGUAACACCUGAUAUUGUAUCAAAACUCUCAAAAGUUGAAAUGCAAAUUUUAGGAGUUGCUGAUAGAUCAGCCAUGAUGAAAUUGAGAGUGGCUUGUAUUCACCAUGGAAGCAAUCUUUUGAUACAAAGAAUUUCUGGGUACUUGAUACCAGAAGAUGUGUUGGACUUUUUGCUGGAAUCUAAGUUCAAAAUCAUUGAAAUUUCUCAAAUGUUAAAUGUGUCAGAGAGCACAAUAUACAGAAGGAUGAGACGAUGCAAUCUUUCUGUAUCAAAAUAUAACGAUAUAUUAGAUCAUGAGCUGGAUCAAAUAGUUUCUGAAAUUGCUACAGAGUUCCCGAAAUGUGGAGAAACAAUGGUCAGAGAAAUUCUUCGGCAAAAAGGUGUCCAGGUAACAAGAGCAAGACUGCGAGAGAGCUUACAUAGAACAAAUGGGGAUAACAUAAAAAGCAGGAUAAAAGGAAGAUUACAAAGAAGAGUUUACAAUGUCGAAGGUGUCAAUCAUCUUUGGCAUAUAGAUACAAACCACAAAUUGAUCAGAUGGAAUUUCAUAAUCGUUGGUGGUAUCGAUGGCUUCAGUAGGUUUGUCACAUUCCUUAACUGUACAGACAACAAUAAGUCUGAAACAAUUUUCAGUUGUUUCCAAAGUGCUAUUCGAAGCUAUGGCUUGCCUUUAAGAGUUCGCUCUGAUAAAGGACUUGAGAACAAAGCUGUCGCUGAAUAUAUGGUCAGAACUCGAGGACCAAACAGAGGAAGCAUGAUAACUGGAAAAAGUGUCCACAACCAAAGAAUUGAGAGGCUGUGGAGGGAUGUGUAUGAAGGAGUUCUCUGCUACUACUAUGAACUUUUUUACUAUAUGGAAGACGUACAACUGCUUGAUAUUUUGAAUGACAUACAUAUGUUUUGUUUACAUUAUGUGUAUCUGAAAAAGAUAGACGAAAAGCUUCAAAUAUGGAAAGAAGCAUGGGCUAAUCAUAGAUUACGCACUGUUAAGACCUCGCCAUUGCAUUUGUUUGCAGCCGGCAUUAUCAAUAAUCCAAUUGAUGUUUUAGAUUUAGAUUGGGAACAGUAUGGUAUUGAAGAUAAUACUGAUGUUCAAUAUCUUCACAAUGUUAAUCCCAGGCCUGUGUUUGAUCCGCCUUCAUAUGCAGUAACAAAUGACACUCUACAAGAAUUGCAACAACAUUGUCCAUUUAAUUGGCAUUCUGCUAACUAUGGAAUUGAUAUUUUCCAAAAGGCUGUGGAAAUUGUCGAAAGAAACAACAGCUUAACAAUAUGAUAUACAAUGUAAAUUCACUUGCCACUGUCUGCAAGACUAGUGUAUCUUUUUUCCUAAUCUGCUUGGCCCAUUGACUAAGAAUGACCAGAUUUUUAUCAUGACAAAAAAGGGCUAUUUAGUUACCAUUCAUGACUCUACUACAAUGACUCUUCAUGAUGGUCAAUAAAAUUAGUAAGAUGAACAAAGAUUUGAGAUUUGUUUUUAUUAUACUGCUUUUUGAUAGAAAAAAAUGUCAUUCCUUCUUGGUUUGAAAAAAUAAACAUAGGUAAUCAAACUUUACAUAGCUCACCGAGAUGAAGGGUCACCUUUAUGAGAUCGCCUUUAUUAUAUCAUACGAAAAUGUAUAAUGUCAUCAUACAAUAUGAUAUUUUAUUAUGUGAUACUCUUCUGUAUCACGUAUAUUGUAUCAGAUGAUUUUUAUUGUUUGGUAUCAAACGAUAGAAUUUAAAAUACAUUGCAUUAUAUUAUAUACUUGUAAAAUAUCAAACAAUCUGAUACAAUCAUAUAAUAACAGAUCAUAUUAUACAA